GUCUUUUUAAACCCGCAUUUUCUCUUUAUUAUCUAUAUUUUGUGAGCUUUUUUUAUGUUGUCUAUUGGUGAUUCAGAUUUUUUUACCACAAAACUCUUAGAUUAUUUAUCUUUCAAUGUUAAACUUUUGUUUGCAAUUUGUCAUCUAUCAUACAUCAUGUUAUAUUACACAAAUUUAGAUAUUACAACAACACUAAUAGUCAGGAAAAUUUGAUCCAAAAUAUUGUCCAAACGAAUUUUAUGUAACCGAAGAUGGUUGUUGAUGUUUUAAUAUAUUUUUCGUACGAUUCUUUCUUGUUCAGAUAGAAUGUAUUCACGAGUAUUAAUAUCAUCGAUAGAAGUUAAGUUUUUUUCAUAAUAUUUUAUUUUCUUCAUUUACUUGCGUGUUCACAUCUAAUUUAUUUACAAGUAAUAAUAUCAAUGAUUUCAACAAUUUUUAGUUUGUAGUUUACAAAUUAAAAAUAAAGAGAGUCAUUUUGUACUUCAAAAUCCACUAGCUGAUCAUAUAUGCAUUACAAAAAUAAUGUUUUAGAAUAAUAUGGUAUUUUGCUUGAAGUUUAAUAUUAAUUAUGUUAUUUCUAUUUAAAAUUUUAUUAAUUAAUAUUGUUGUAAUAUUUUUAUAUAUGUGCUAAUUAUUUAUAAAAGUUUUAUGAAUUUAAAUUAAUUAUGAAAAAUAAAUAAAAAGACCAUACUAUAAAAUAAAAAUAGUUUUGAAGUUAGUUUGAAGUUUUUGGAGAAGAACACCUUUAAUUUUCAAAUAUAGAGUUUUAGAAACUUCAAAAUAGAGUAUCUUUUUGGAGAUGAUUUUACAGAGAUCUAAAGGCAUUAACAAGUUAGAGAGAUGUAUAUUUUUUCUACAACUGCUGAAAUAUACAAUAUACAGCAGAAUAGUUUGUUAUUAGAUAAAGUAGUCUCUAAUGUUCAAACACUACUAAAAAAAUAUCUUGAACUACUCACACUCAUAAUUCCUUACUGCUUUGCUUCGCCUUAUAAGAACUCACCAAAACUCUCUCGCCUUAUAAGAGCUCACCAAAACUCUCUCGGCUAAAAACUCUUUCAAUAUGUUAAUCGACACAUUCAAUAUAUACACCCUCUUUAUAUUUAAAGGUAAACCAUAAACCUAAAGAUUUACAAAUCUUGAAAUUUUCUUUGAUCUUCAACAAAUAAGUCAAUUUCCUUUUUUUUGUGAAAGGUCGAUUACAUGAGUUAGACCACUUAACUGAUUCCACUUCCGGUUACAAUAGUACAUACGACACCAAGCAAGGGAAUGACUAGACCUGGAGUGAAAGGCCACUGCUUUUUUCCGUUCUGGUGGUGUUGACGAAUUUCAUAUUCAUAACCACAAAACCUUUUCUACAAACCGCUAUAAAACCAAACAUGAUUAAAAGUUUAGAACCAAACCGAAAGACAAGAAAUGACUUUGACAAGAAGGAACUACAGAAACUCCAUAAUUAUUAUAAAUCUAAACCAUUUACUUAGUAUAUAAUAUCUCAAAAUCAUAUUUUGUUAUUUUUAAAAAUUAUUAAAUAUGGUAAAAAGUACAGGUGUAUAAUUUUAAAUUAACACUUGUUUUCCAAUGCCCAAAGCUCUUUAUAUAGAGUAAUAAGAGUUGAAAUAAUUUAUUAUAUAUAGAUAACAAGGGUAUAAAAGUAUUUUUCCACUUAAUGAAGAAGAUAUUUUUGAAAAUGUCCCUUUAGUGGUGGUAAAAAUGAAAAGUGGUACCAUGAAAGUGGUAAACAUAAAAUAUCCCCAUUAUAAGAUACAUCUUUAGACAUUUUCACAACCUCUUAAACUCAUUACAUUUUUAAAUGAAAAACACAUAAUUAUGAAAAGAUGCAUCCUUAAACAUUUCGACAACUUAUUUUCACUUAGUGUAAUUUUUAAUAGACAUCCUUUCAUAUUUUUGGAUUCCUAUUAUUAAUAGAAAACAUGAAAUUUAUGAAAAUACACAUUAAACUCAUGUAGUUUUUUUCUUUCUAAAAUACACAACAAAAUAAUAACUAGAUUUAUAUGUGAUUUAUAUGCUUUUUGUGUAGAAAAAAUUGUUGAAAUUAACUAUCUAAUGUAACUUAUUAGUUACCUUUUCAAAAGGAAUUUACUUUGAAAACUAUUAAUUGAUUAUUUGCGUAGAAAAUGUUAUCAAAUGCAACAUUUUAGUUAUUAUUGAAAUAUUUUUGAAUAAAUUUAUACUUAUGCAUUGAUUGGUAGAGCUGAUAAUAAAGCAGUAGCAGUAAACUAUAUAAGCAGUAUGAUUCAUAAACAAUAUGAUAUAGAUGCAAUAAGCUCUUAUUUAUGUAUUUAAUAAUUUGAUUGGUAGAGAAGUAAAAGAUUCAUAUAUAAAAUUAAUAUAUGGUAUAGUGUUAAACACAUUUUGUUGGACCGCCUAAUAGCCUCGUCAUACUUUUUAUCUUUUCUGAGUUCAGCAGUCAAAACAUCUACAAUCUCAAGCAAAUACUGUGUAUCGCUUCUCGCAUAUCGCAACAUAAUUUGUGAGAAUGGUCGUUUCGUCCAGCCUUGAAGCUUCAAUGAAAAGUUUGGCAUAUAUAAGAAAGAAGAGACUGUACAAAAAAAACACACACACACACAAAAGUACACUCACAUGUAUUACUUGUCCGUGUCUACUUUGCAAAUAGUUUGCAAUAAACCCUUCAGUGACUUUUGAGGCUUUUCCUAUACCAAACAAACCUGUAAAAACCAAUUUAGAAAACAAAGAAACAACAUAGAUGCAUACAUUAUUUACCGAAUAAAUAAUGUGAAGGUAUCAAAGAUAUUGGAAAAAUAGAUAUGGAAAUCCCUUUGCAGCCAAGUAACAUCAUUUUGAGCCCCAUGAAACACCAAGAAGCACAAAUCACACAUUUAAUAUUCAAAUAAGCAUAAUUGGGGUUAGAUUAUUUGACAAGAUAUAUGAUAUAUCUGACGUUAUGAAAUAUCUGAAGAAAGAUUACCUUGCAAAUCCUAAGAUCAAAGAAAACAUGACGAAGAAGGGCCGUUUCAUCAUGAAGUGCAAUUGCACCCACUAAAUAAUCCUAUUCUCUUGAAGAAAUCUUCAAAUUUCAGAGAAAUAUCAAACAUCAAAGUUAAAAAUUAAAUAGAACGGAAUUUGUAAAUAUUAACUAAGAGUUUAAUUAACAGCAUCAAAACCUCCAAGUAUCUAUUAUUAUAAAAAAGAAUUAUCUCUCUCCCGGUGAAGCCACCUCAACAUCCAAGUCACAAAGUCGAGCUUUGAGGAGCCAACACGUAUCCUCCUACAACAAAACUCUGCUUUUCAUUAACUUUUCCAUUUAUAUUCUGAGAGGGUUUUUAAUGGGCUUCGAGUGUGGUCAUGUGUUUUAAUUAUUCAAAAGCUUCAAUUGGGCUCUGAUUUAGAUAUUAUGUAAUCUGUAGACAAUGUCUCUUUUUGGAGACUCCGCCGUCUCAAAAAAAAAAUCUCAAACAAGUAAAAAAUUCUGAAAACGUAACGUUCUUAGUCUGAAUUGAAUCGUCACCUUCAACGGACUCAUUGACAAGUUUUCCACUCCGCAUGAAGUGCAAUUGCACCCACUAAAUAAUCAUCUUCUCUUGAAGAGCUGAUAAUAAAGCAGUAGCAGUAAGCUAUAUAAGCAGUAUGAUUUAUGAUAUAGAUGCAAUAAGCUCUUAUUUAUGUAUUUAAUAAUUUGAUUGGUAGAGAAGUAAAAGAUUCAUAUAUAAAAUUAAUAUAUGGUAUAGUGUUAAACACAUUUUGUUGGACCGCCUAAUAGCCUCGUCAUACUUUUUAUCUUUUCUGAGUUCAGCAGUCAAAACAUCUACAAUCUCAAGCAAAUACUGUGUAUCGCUUCUCGCAUAUCGCAACAUAAUUUGUGAGAAUGGUCGUUUUGUCCAGCCUUGAAGCUGCAAUGAAAAGUUUGGCAUAUAUAAGAAAGAAGAGACUGCACAAAAAAAACACACACACACACAAAAGUACACAUGUAUUACUUGUCCGUGUCUACUUUGCAAAUAGUUUGCAGUAAACUCUUCAAUGACUUUUGAGACUUUUCCUAUACCAAACAAACCUGUAAAAAUCAAUUUAGAAAAUAAAGAAACAACAUAGAUGCAUACAUUAUUUACCGAAUAAAUAAUAAACACUAAAAGUGUAUACUGUGUAGGUAUCAAAGAUAUUGGCCAAAUAGAUAUGGAAAUCCCUUUGCAACCAAGUAACAUCAUUUUGAGCCCCAUGAAACACCAAGAAGCACAAAUCACACAUUUAAUAUUCAAAUAAGCAUAAUUGAGGUUAGAUUAUUUGACAAGAUAUAUGAUAUAUCUGACGUUAUGAAAUAUCUGAAGAAAGAUUACCUUGCAAAUCCUAAGAUCAAAGAAAACAUGACGAAGAAGGACCGUUUCAUCAUGAAGUGCAAUUGCACCCACUAAAUAAUCCUCUUCUCUUGAAGAAAUCUUCAAAUUUCAGAGAAAUAUCAAACAUCAAAGUUAAAAAUUAAAUAGAACGGAAUUUGUAAAUAUUAACUAAGAGUUUAAUUAACGGCAUCAAAACCUCCAAGUAUCUAUUAUUAUAAAAAAGAAUUAUCUCUCUCCCAGUGAAGCCACCUCAACAUCCAAGUCACAAAGUCGAGCUUUGAGGAGCCAACACGUAUCCUUCUACAACAAAACUCUCCUUUUCAUUAACUUUUCCAUUUAUAUUCUGAGAGGGUUUUUAAUGGGCUUCGAGUGUGGUCAUGUGUUUUAAUUAUUCAAAAGCUUCAAUUGGGCUCUGAUUUAGAUAUUAUGUAAUCUGUAGACAAUGUCUCUUUUUGGAGACUCCGCCGUCUCAAAAAAAAAAAAAUCUCAAACAGGUAAAAAAUUCUGAAAUCGUAACGUUCUUAGUCUGAAUUGAAUCGUCACCUUCAACGGACUCAUUGACAAGUUUUCCACUCUGCACACGGAAUCAUUGAAUGCAGACCCCUUUACUUCUUUUCUCAGGAUCUUUGACUAUAAAAAGACAUGUCAUAUAUCUUGGAUUUCAAUCAGUACUAUCUUCUCAAUCAUUAGCUUUUGAUAACAAUGAUUUCGAUUUUGGUUUCUAGGAAAUGAUUUCAAUUUUGGUUUUGUUUGUUAACUUGAUUUACAUUUUUUCAUGUAUAGAUUAUCAAUUUUUUUAUUCCUAAGUUUUGUGUAUCGGUGAUGAUUUAGAUGUUGAUUUUUUUGUUUAUUAUGUUUGUUGAUUUUGUUUCAGUUUGUUGAUCCGUUUGAUUGCUCCUUUUAAUUAAUUUAGUCUAGAUUUAAACUUUAUUUUCCUCUCCUCUUCUCUAUCUCUACAAACACAACGAUCUUCAUCGAUGUAAUUUUUCACCGUAGAUUUCCUACAUGAUUAUAUUUUUAAUUCCUCUUUACUAUGUGUGUGCGUUCUGUUUUGGGUGAUAUUUUUUGCUAGUGAUUUCUCUCGUAGCUGCAACUUGUUUUUUGCAAACCAAGGCAGCUGGAGUUUACUGUAGCAACUCUUACACACGAUGUUACCGCAAGUACAUUCAAUGUCCAGAGGAAUGACCAAGCACAACCGCCAUGAACUCUAACAACAAAGUAUGCUACGCCGAUUGCGAUAGACCACCUUGCAAAUCCCAAUGCUGCAUGAGGAAACCAAAUUGCAACAGACCUGGAUCAGCUUGUUAUGACCCUAGGUUCAUUGGAGGAGACGGCAUUGUGUUCUACUUCCAUGGAAAGAGCAAUGAAGAGUUCAGCCUCGUCUCUGACUCUGACCUUCAGAUCAAUGGUAGGUUCAUUGGUCACAGACCAGCUGGUCGCGAUAGAGACUUCACAUGGAUCCAAGCUCUCGGAUUCCUCUUCAACUCCCACAAAUUCUCUCUUGAAGCAGCAAAAUCACCCUCAUGGAACAACGAGGUCGAUCAUCUCAGGUACUCACCAAACAAGGACAUCAAGAUCGAGAGAGUGACUAUGAGAAACAGCGUGAUCGUGACGAUCAAAGAUAAAGCCGAGAUUAUGGUCAAUGUGGUUCCAGUGACAAAAGAAGACGACAGGAUCCAUAACUACAAAGUACCAUCAGAUGAUUGUUUUGCACAUCUCGAAGUUCAGUUCAAAUUCCUCAACCUUUCACCAAACAUAGAUGGAACCUUGGGACGUACCUACAAACCUGAUUUCCAGAAUCCAGCUAAACAUGGAGUUGCAAUGCCAGUGGUUGGUGGUGAAGACAGCUUCAAGACCUCAUCUCUCCUCUCCAAUGACUGUAAAACUUGCAUUUUCUCUGAAUCACAGGCAGAUAUUGAUACCGUUAAGUCAGAGAUUGAGUAUGCUACCUUGGAUUGUACCAGUGGAGCGUCUUCUGGAUACGGGAUCGUCUAUAGAAAGUAAAGAAAUCAUAUGAAAACAAAAUUUGCCUUAAAAAGAAUAAUGUCAGAGAGCAAUAGCUUUUGUUGGCGAUGUUACAAAGUAUAAUAACUAAGUGAAGAUGACAUAUGUUGUAUUACUACUAUGAAAUGCAUUUUUGUAUUGUAUCGUCCACCAUGUAUUAUAAUUUCAAUAUUUUUUUAACCUAAUCAUUGUUAAUGAAUGUAACCUAAUAAACACUGCGUAAUGAACCAAUCCAUAUCAACAAGUUCAUGAAGGGUUAAUAAGAAAUAAACCAUAAAUCAAUAAAUAUAGUUUGUUGUUUAAUGUACAUAAAAACAAAAGCGGGGAUAGCUCAGUUGGGAGAGCGUCAGACUGAAGAUCUGAAGGUCGCGUGUUCGAUCCACGCUCACCGCAAAUUUUUGAUUUUUUUUAUGACAUGAAUUUUUUUUUAGGUUCAUUUAAUAAAUGAACUAGAUAUUGACCCUCAUUAAAACGCAGGAUUAUUUUUAUAACAUGAUAUAAAUCCUAACAAAUCAAUCUAUCUGUAGCAUAUAAAGUUAUAAGCCAUUUAAAAAUUAAGAUUUCGAGCAUGCUAUGUUUAUAUUAUGUUUUUGACACAGAUUUACUAGGAAAAAAACAUUCCAAUAUUUAUAUAAGAAAAAGAUAAAAUUUACUAAUUAACAAAUAAAUAAGUAACUGAACUACAAGCAACACAUUCUAAAUCGAACUCAUUUUAAAAUUUAAUAAAAUUGUAAACACUUCUAUUUUUUAUUAAUCAUUAAAGAGAAAUAACAAAGAUAACCCCACGAUAUAAAUAUCGACCAUAUUUUGCUAUAAUUAAUUUAACCGAAUAAUCGUGGAACAUAAUUAAAUCAGCUAUAGUUAACGAUUUCCUAAAGUUGUUCAAUUUUUGUUAGCAAAACAGGUAAGUAGAAUCUAUAACAAAAUAUUGUAUGUAUAAGUAUAAAUUUGUUAUGUAUUUUAUAUAAUGUGUUAGUAUAAUCUGGUUCAAAUAACUUACCUAACGAAAAAGGUUAAAGUCUAACUAUAUGUUUUGAAUUAAUGAUUCUUAUCAUUUCAAGAUAUAGCAACAUAUCAAACAGACUAUAAUUAUAAACUGAGAUUUUUGCAGAAAAUAUGAUAGAUCCGGUUUAUUAAAGAAGUAAAUUGGAAAUAUAAUGGUGUCACACAAUUAAAACGCUUUCAUAUAAUAUAAAUUCAAUUUACACAAAACAUAUGAAUAUUUAUGUCAUAAUAAUUCAUAGAUUCAUAUAUAAAGCAGUAAACCGAAAUAAAAUGGAGUCUCUAUGAAAUAUGCAUAACACUAAUCGUUUGGUAUUAAAUGUUUUCUAUGUUAACCGACUUGGAACUUUGUUUAACCAUAAAUGAAAUAUGUAUUAUGUAUAUAGUUCGUGAAGGGAACAUGUCAAUAUAACCAGUACCGUCUGAAGAGUUUUAGGGGUCUAAAGCAAGUUUUAAAAAUAAACUUAUUUACAAUUGUAAUAAAAAUAAUUUUCUAAUAUAAUAUCACUUUCACCAUAUAUACAAGUCUUAACACUGUAAAGGAAUAAGUUUAUUACGUAAAUAUGCUAUAUUAUGUCAUAUAGGAAAAAAUACAUGAAUUCAGAAGGUAAGUUAGUCGACUUUCGUGGAAAUGUUUUCUUUUCUAAAUAAAUCUAAACCACUACACUAGAAACUAUUUUGAAUUUUAGAACCCUAAAAAACGUUAUAUUAAUCGGAGUUUGAGGCGAGUGUCUUUUUCAAUACACUGUAGGCACACUUCUGAAUAUAACCUAAUACAUAUGGUUAUAUGGUUAGACUGAGUUACAAACAUCUCGAUACAUAAUCUCUUUUAACCAUUAAUCCAACACGUAAUAACAUGAUAAGUUAUAUAUGAAAGGAUAAGUUAUGUUGGGCGAGCGUCUAUAUGAAAGGAUAAGUUAUGAAAGAGUCCAAAAAUUUACUGACAACAUUUACGAGUAUAUAAAAUAUGAUUCUAAAUUAAUAGAUUAGAUUUAAUGAUCGAGUUAAAUUUAAAUCAGGAGUUAUGUAAAUAAUCUUUAAUGAACAUAGCUAAUUCAUGAGCUUGGUCGUUUUUAUAUUUAUUAUACAUACAUAUGUGGAUAAGUUCUAUUUUUCUUAUCCAAAAAGAUAAUUUAUAUAUUAGUGAUAUUUAUUCUAAUUUAAAUAUGAACUGUACCCGAUUUUUGUUGUUUGGUUUUAUGACCAACGACAGUGGUAAUGUAUUACGGCAAUUCUCUCAAAUAGUAUUUUUCAAGUUUUUGUCACAAAAACUGGCCACAAGAGAUUUCAUUAAAUAGGCAAAAGACUUUUCUACUAUUUUCUUUAUCAAUAUAUAUAUAAGAAAAGAAUUUGAGUUAUAUGUUUUCAAAUUCGAACUUUUUAUAAAUUGUUUCCAAAAAAUUUAUAAUCAAAUUUUUAUUUUCAAAUUUUCUUUUUAAAAUUCAAAAAUGCUUUUUGAAACUAUUUUAAACCCCAUGUCUAAAACCCAGUCUUUAACUAUAAACCAUAAAUGUAAGAUUAAUUUACCUUAGGGGUAUAAAGGUAUAUUUAACUUUUAAAUAAAUUUAUUUUGAUCAUUUUUUGGGGGUUGUUUUGUUAAAAUAAACUAAAUAAGGCUAUCUUAGAAAAUUUAUCCAUGUAUUUUAUAUCUCAAAAUAUUUAUCUACAUUUUGUAUCUUAACAUGAAAUAUUCCUAAUUAUUUUCUUUUUUUUAUUUUAUGAUUUGAAUAGACGAAAAACUUGAACAUGAAUCAUCUGAAAAAUUUCAAGCAAAAUAUAUUUAUGGAUCAUCAUUAAUUUUUAAUUUAAUUGAUUUUAAGUGUGGGCUUUUUUGUAUUUAAUAUUAAUAUUUUGAAUUUUUUAAUAUUUAAAUUUCAAAUUAUAUAACUGAAUUAAUUAUUAUUUUUAUUAUAUUAGAUCACGAGUUAUCUUAUUUAAUUCAUGAUGUAGAUGAUUUGAGUUCAAAUUUAGAUAUUGAAACUUAUAUAAUUAAAUGAAUCGAGCUGAGCUAAGUUAUGAUAAAUUGAGUCAUUGAGCAAAUUAGCUCAUUUCUACACCCCUCUUUUACAUCAAACGUGCCACGCGUGUGUACCCAAUAGUCUGAACGACGUCAUCGCUAACUACAAUUGAACGAUUUAUGCAAUGCUCUUAAUAGAGAGAAUGAGGUUCAUAAAGAAUAAAGAUUAUA